AUGGAAGGCGGCGAGAGAGGUGUUAGAGAUGUCUUCGGGCCGCACAAGAAGAGGUCAGUACGAGGCCGCCCGAGGAUUAGGUGGGGCGCUUUGACUAAGGAUAAAGCUCAGGAGUUGGAAGGAAGGUUAUCGGCAAUGGGAGCUUGGAGAAGUAGUGGGGACGCAAAGACUAUGUGGUCGACGACGGCGGACUGUAUAAGGAAGGCGGCGAGAGAGGUUUUAGGGAUGUCUUCGGGCCGCACCGGUGGCCACAAAGGAGACUGGUGGUGGAAUGCAGUUGUCCAAGGAAAAGUGGAAGUGAAGAAGGCGGCUUACCUGCGCUUAGUAGGGAGCACUGGCGAGGAGGAGAAGAGAGAGAACAGUGAGAGAUAUAAGGUAGCUAGGAAGGAGGCGAAGAUGGCAGUAGCGGAGGCUAAGACGGCAGCUUUUGCUCGUCUGUAUGAGGAACUAGGGAACAAAGGCGGGGAGAAGAAGUUAUUUCGACUUGCUAAGGUGAGAGAGAGGAUGGCCCGGGAUCUGGACCAAGUGAGGUGCAUAAAAGAUGAGGACGGCAAAGUUUUGAUGGGGGAUGACCAGAUUAAGAGGAGUUGGCAGACCUACUUUCAUAAACUUCUAAAUGAAGAAGGGAAUCAGGAUAUUGUACUAGGUGAAUUGAGGAAUGCCGACAGCCCCCAUGAAUUAAGUUAUUGUAGGGACAUUGAGGUCGAGGAGGUCAUGGAGGCAAUGCGUAAGAUGAGGAGGGGCAGAGCUACCGGGCCAGACAAAAUUCCAGUUGAACUUUGGAGGUGUGUGGGUAGAGCGGGCUUGGAAUGGCUUACUGGGUUGUUUAAUGUUAUAUUCAAGACUAAUAGGAUGCCUGAAGAGUGGAGGUGGAGUACAACGGUUCCGUUGUAUAAGAACAAAGGCGAUAUCCAGAGCUAUAACCAGUUCGGUUUCAUGCCGAGGCAAUCUACCACAGAAGCUAUCCAUCUUAUUAGGAGGAUGGUGGAACUAUACAGGGAUAAGAAGAAGGAUCUCCACAUGGUGUUUAUCGAUCUAGAGAAAGCCUAUGACAGGGUUCCUAGGGAGGUCUUAUGGAGUUGCUUAGAGGUUAAAGGGGUCCCGGUUGCCUACAUUAGGGUAAAUUCUCUACUCUUAUGGGAUCAGGCCUUUUCGCUUCGGCAGUGUCAAGACCCGGAUUCCCCACCCUCAGGAGUCGUGAUGGCGCCUACUGGUGAUAGCUAG